UUGUAUGGUCUAUUAUGGAGAUGGAUGUUUAAUGUUUUCUAUCUUCCUCUCUCUAGGAUGGAGCAACUCCACUCAUUGCAGCCAGUUACUUUGGACACCUGGAAGUAGUUGGACUCCUGCUAGAAUCUGGAGCUAAAGAUCUACCUCAUAAUAGGGAUUGUCAUGUGGUUGUGUGUGACUCUGCUGUGUGCCUACCCAGCAUGGCCACGCCCAUCAAUUAGCAGUGCUGUCUCUCGGCACAUGUGUAGAGUGCACCUACUGCAGGCUAGACUGCUGACGUCAGCACCCAUUUGCAUC